AACACCAGAAGAAAUGAACCUUGUGUUUAUACCAUUGGCGCGAAUCUGUGAAAGGAGAAUGUGUGUAAAUCUGUAUGGAUAUAAUCCUGUUUACACCAGUGUUAUAUAAUCUAGUACUGAAACUUUCUGAAUAGCCGUUUUCUUACAUUACAAUGUCGACGAUGUCGAGAAUCAAGUCAAAGAAAAACAUGGUGAGCAGUGGACUGCAAUCAGACAUUUCUGCAUUUUUCCCCAAGGGUGGAAGAGGCUCCGGGUCCUGUUACAGAAACGCUGAGCAUGAGGUACUACCAAAAUCCCCUAAAAGAGGUACAGCGAUGCAUACAAACGUAGAUCUCUCCAAUGUAGUAAAGACCUGUGUUGGGCAAGACACUAGGUUCCCUCUGUUCCCUCUCACCAUCCCUGAGACGCCUGAGAGUGAGAAAAAGCGGCAUUGCCCAACACAGCCAUUUUCUGAUUCUCCGCGCUCCCCUGUGUCCCGUAGUCCACGUUCCCGAGGUCUCACAUGCAGGACUAAACUCAUGUCCACUCGAUCACUCCAACCACAGAACAAGACGAGUCCAAAAUCGGGGGACACACUUAAAGCAGAAAACGCUAUUGGUCAUUUUGGUUCAGUGAAACGGCUGAUGCGUGGUUCGGAGACGCAUCAGAAAGCCAAACGCCCCAGAACAGUGCAGUUACCGAAACGUUCUGAACAGGAGUCAAACUUCGAGGGAGAUGACUUGGGCAAAUUUCUUCAGAUUAUUCGUGAAACUGCUGAUUUGAAAAAUGAAAAAUCAAAAAAAGUUUUCUCAAAGAUCAUUCAGAAUAAGUCUGGCAAAGCUGAGAAGACUUUAUCUGAGAAGAAUAGUUCAAGCUUAACUCCUGAUAAGAUGCUGGAAUAUAUGACAUCAGGAAAGGGGAGUGGUGCCAUUGGGUCUUUUACAAAAUCACGAGUCAGUCAUCAUAAAAUCAGCUCUAGUGAAGAUGAGAAAGAGAACAUUCCUCUCUGUAUAAACCCAAGCAUGGACUUUACCGAACCAUCCAGUGAUAAUCAGUCGGAUCUCAUGGUGUCCUACACUUCAUGGGUAUGCAACAGUGAUGGUGGUGAAAAGGAGAAGAGUGUUAUCGUUUGUGUAAAUGAGAAGAAAUCAAAAGAGCUUAAGAACCUUGGUGACAAAGAAAAUGUUGUCACAACCGCUGAGGAGAACCUCUGUAUACUGGAUGACAGCUGGUUUAAUGACAAAAUGGAGCAAAGUUUUGAAGAGCCAGAACAUAAAAAGUCCAAACUUGAAAAGAAGAGAAGCAUUCCUGAGCAUGUUAUUCUAGCCUCUGGACUCAACAACCGGUACUGGGUUCUAGGUGUGCAAGAAACCACUGGAACCCAAGGAUACAACGAGAAGCAUUUAACUAUCACUUGCUCCAAGUCUUCACACCCUACAGAGACCUGUAUUCUAAAGGAUGGCUGGGAGGAUACGCCGGUUGCUGAGGGGGACAUUGUUCACCUGGAAGGGGAGUGCGUUUCUGGCUUAUGGGUGAUUGACAGGAACUAUAGUUUCCUGGUGCUUCUGCCUGAUGUACUCAUCUCAGGAACCAGUAUAGCUAACAGUGUCCGCUGUAUGAGACGUGCUGUACUUGGAGAGAUGUUUAAGAAUUUGGAUGGUGGAAGCAAGCAGAUGCUGAACGGGACAAUAGUUCAUGACAUCUUUCAAAAAGCUGCUAUGAGCUUAGACUUUUCUUCUGAUAAGCUUGAGAAACUGGCCAAUGAAGCCCUGCUCAGCCCAACCUACCUGGGACAAAUGUACAGUCUGAAAGUGACUCAAGCAGACAUGAAGCAGGAGCUGGAGGAAUAUCUUCCUGCAAUUGCUGCAUGGGCUAAAGAUUAUCUCCACAGCUCUGAUCAGACCAGGCAGAAACAGCUGACUUUGAGACUCCCCAGUGAUGGAGCUCUGAGUCGGGAGGACUCGGCCUGCAGUGUCACCGUCGCUGAUUUUGUGGACAUUGAGGAAAAUAUCUGGUCUCCAAGGUUUGGUCUGAAAGGAAAAAUUGAUGUGACAGCAGGGGUAAGGAUCCACCGCCGAGGCAGGAAGCAUGUGAACAAGAUCGUACCAUUGGAGCUGAAGACAGGCAAGGAGUCUAACUCCAUUGAGCAUCGUAGCCAGGUUAUAUUAUAUACUCUAAUGAGUACCGAGAGGCGGUCAGAUGCUGAGGUGGGUUUUCUUGUCUACUUGAAGACUGGAAAUCUACACCCUAUAGUGGGUAACCACAUGGACAGACGAGAGCUGAUCAAACUGAGGAACAGUCUUGUUCGCCAUCUUAGCAACAGCCUCAUCAAACUGGAGGGCAAAAGCCAAAUGGCAUGUUUACCUGAAGUCCUCUCUGACCCACAGGCCUGCAAGUACUGUCCACAGAGAAGAAACUGUGCACUUUACAACAGAGCUGUGGAGAAGGGUCUAGGUGAAAGUCCUUCUGAAGACCCUCAGGCUUUUCUACAGCUUGAGAGUAAACAUUUGAACCAGAUUCACCUGCAGUACUUCAGCCACUGGUUGCUGCUCUGCAGCUUGGAGGCACUCACCAUGGAGAGCAAAGGAGGACGUCGCAACAUCUGGCUCCAGUCUGCUCAGGAGAGGGAGAAGAAUGGUGGCUGUGUCGGGAACAUGGUAUUGGCGGGAGGGGUGACUGCUCUCUCUGAUGGUGCAUAUAUGCACCACUUUAAACGUAGGCAAGAAGAGCAUGGACUCAUCACACUGAUAGUUGGGGACAGGGUGGUGAUCAGUGACCAGAACUCCAGAUUCAUCGGUAUAGCCUCUGGAUACAUCACCGAGAUCACAAACGCAGAAGUGACAUGCUGUUUAGAUAAAAAUCUCUCCAAGAAUUACUCAGAUAUGGUGUUCCGGCUGGAUCAUGAUGAAGGCGCUGGAGGCUUGAGCACUCAUCUUGGAAACCUCUCUAUGCUGAUGGAGAACUCGCCAAACAGUGAGAGGCUGCGGCAGCUGAUUGUGGAGUUUAAGCCUCCUCAAUUCAUCGAUAGCCUCAGUAGUGUUCUGCCCCGAGAGGCCAAGGACACUGUAGCCAACAUUCUGAAAGGGCUCAACAAACCUCAAAAGCAAGCCAUGAAAAAGGUCCUGCUGUCCAAAGACUAUACUCUUAUUGUUGGAAUGCCUGGCACUGGGAAAACUACCACUAUUUGUACUCUGGUGCGUAUUCUGCACGCUUGUGGCUUCAGUGUGCUCUUGACCAGCUACACACAUUCUGCUGUAGAUAACAUUUUGUUGAAGCUGAAGAAGUUUAAGGUUGGCUUCUUGCGCCUGGGCCGAACUCAGAAAGUGCACCGUGACAUCUUGCCCUUCACCGAGGAGCAGAAUCGGACCAGGGGUAUCGACACCCUCGACCAGCUGGAGGAUCUCUAUAACAAAGAGCUUAUUGUAGCCACUACAUGUAUGGGUGUAAAGCAUCCGAUCUUCAGCCGACGACGCUUCGAUUUCUGCAUUGUGGAUGAGGCGUCUCAGAUCAGCCAGCCCGUGUGCUUGGGACCACUCUUCUAUGCUCAGCGGUUUGUUCUUGUAGGAGAUCACCAACAGCUCCCUCCUAUUGUCCAAAAUGCUGAGGCCAGGACUUUGGGCAUGGAUGAGAGCUUGUUCAAGCGUCUUGAGCACCACAGUGAGGCUGUAGUUCAGCUCAAUGUCCAGUACAGGAUGAACAGCAUGAUUAUGUCCCUGAGCAACGCCCUGAUGUACGAGGGUAGGUUGGAGUGCGGCUCUGAGCGGACCGCCAUUGCACAACUACAGCUGCCUUGCAGGGACGUGCUAGAGAAAGAGCUGUGUGUUUGUCAGCCUCAGUACACUGCCUGGGUUCAAGCUGCACUCGAUCCUCAAAAGUCUGUCUGCUUUCUGGACACGUCACAGGUUCCAGCCCUAGAGACUGUGGAGAAAGGUGGAGUCAGUAAUCGCACAGAGGCCAACUUGGUGCAUGCUCUUGUUAGCCUGCUGCUUAAGGCCGGCUGCAGGGCAAGUGACAUCGGCGUCAUCGCUCCAUACCGACAGCAGCUCAAAGCUGUCUCCACUCUGCUGGAAGAAGAGUCCUUCAGAGCCGUGGAGGUGAACACAGUGGACAAGUAUCAGGGCCGGGACAAGAGUGUCAUCAUUGUGUCCUUUGUCAGGAGCCACACAGAGGGCAAUCUGGGAGAGCUGCUGAAAGACUGGCGAAGGCUGAACGUAGCCAUAACCAGAGCCAAACAUAAGCUACUGAUGCUGGGCUCGGUUCCUACACUGCGUCUCUAUGCACCACUGGAGAAACUUCUCACUCACAUGCAGCAGGAGAACAUGAUCUGCCAGCUGCCACCCGCUGCUCAUGAGGCACUACCUCGCAUCAAAAUGUGACAUUUGGUGGACCUGAACACUCUGUAGCAUCUUAUUUCUACCUCACAGUUACUGAGUUAACGACCCAUAAUGAAGGCAG